AUGGACACAAGUGGGUACACAUUCGGCCCUGAUACCGCAGAGGCGCGCAAGGCCUCACCAGAGCGCCCAACUCUGUCCGACAUCGCGGUGGGUAUACCCAGCGGCGUCAACUAAUUUUUUCAUGUACCACUUAUGUCUAUAUUUCGACCCAUUUUUGUCCAAAUUGUCCCCACUUGUGUCCACUUACGGACGGCGGAAAUCGAGCGGAAAUCGAGCGGAAAUCGACCUCCACGUCACCGCACGGCAGAACAUCGAAUAGCCUCGGAACGUCUCAGAACCUCCCGACACCGUAUCCGUGGCAUCCUUCCUAUCCAUGGCUGCCGACUGCGGACCGACCGCGGAGGAACAUGUCAGAAACAUGCCAGACCCUUUCGGUACAGGCACAGGAGGAUACCAGGCACGGGAAGCGGCCCGCGGCAAGCCCGGCAGGCAGCGCACUAACGGCAAACGCCACAAAUAAAUGCGUGACACACAAUGGACAGCAAAACGAACGGGCGUGCAUACAGAACAACAACACACACACGCGCCACACACACAAAAAACACCAACCACCACGACGAGUGCACACCAACUCGUGAGGGCAGCAGCAGCAUGUCGAGGCAGUUUGCCACAUAACCACAUGAUGAUAUUCAUAUGCACAACAUGCAUAUGGUGUGUACGAAGUAAAAAUCCGGCUCGAUAUCCCCUCAUUACCUAACCAAUCAAACGACGAAAAUUGAUACCGUUCGCUACGCUACGUUGUUCGCUGUUACUUUGUGGAUGGUGGGUUAAGGAAGAAUAGGCCGCACAUUGCGUACUCCGGAGUAACCAUAAGAGUUGGCAUACACAUGGUUUCAUACUUUGCAUGCAUACGAAGUACUUCGAAGCACUACUAGUUCAGGGGUGCCGCGCUUAGGGUUGCGUGGUAAACUGCCUCGAUAUGCUGCUGCUGCCCUCACGAGUCGGUGUGCACUCGUCGUGGUGGUUGGUGUUUUUUGUGUGUGUGGCGCACGUGUGUGUGUUGUUGCUGUACACGCGUCUUGUUGUUCUGUAUGCGCGCCCAUUCGUUUUGUUGUCCGUUGUGUGUCACGCAUUUAUUUGUGGCGUUUGCCGUUAGUGCGCUGCUUGCCGGGCUUGCCGCGGGCCGCUUCCCGUGCCUGGUAUCCUCCUGUGCCUGUACCGAAAGGGUCUGGCAUGUUUCUGACAUGUUCCUCCGCGGUCGGUCCGCAGUCGGCAGCCAUGGAUAGGAAGGAUGCCACGGAUACGGUGUCGGGAGGUUCUGAGACAUUCCGAGGCUAUUCGAUGUUCUGCUGUGCGGUGACGUGGAGGUCGAUUUCCGCUCGAUUUCCGCCGUCCGUAAGUGGACACAAGUGGGUACAAUUUGGACAAAAAUGGGUCGAAAUAUAGACAUAAGUGGUUACAUGACAAAAUUAGUCGACGCCGCUGGGUAUACCCACCGCGAUGUCGGACAGAGUUGGGCGCUCUGGUGAGGCCUUGCGCGCCUCUGAGGUUUUAGGGCCGAAUGUGUACCUGUACGUGGGAAAAAAACGAUGCCCGUGCUGUGUGCUUGGCUGUGUCGCCCAGGUGUCAGAAUGGGGUUUUGAGUCGUUUGGGGGCUGCCUUGGGAGUGCGCGCGCGCUGGAUUUUCGAGUACCCACUUUUGUCCGAGAAUGGCGUGGGUAUACCCACUUGUGUCCGUUUCCCUUUUUUUUUUAUACGACGAGUCACUUUGGAAGGACCACGAAGUGUCUACAAAAUGGAUUGUGCAGCCGGCGCCAACACUCUAAAAAAAAAUUCGGGCACCAACCACUAAUACUGUUGUUGGCCGAUACCCUUCCACGGGCUUCCAGGUGUGGUACAUGUAUCAUGACGUGCUCGACGAAAAGCACCUUGAUUGACCAUCCGCAAGUGCGGUCUGGGGGCACUCCCAAUCCCCAUCGGUUCAGCCAAUUGCACCCUGUAGGGUACAUUAUCAUCAUUUGAGUACGCUCGUUUUGCACCUUUUGUCUAUGGAGUUCGGACGGAUUCCACAACGCAAGGAGACGGCUGCUCAACCACCAGUGUGUCCCUAGACCCUUUGUCUUCCUUCUGGCGGCGCCUCUUGAAUGUUCUGUAAACCCCACCGACACAGCCGGGCCGGCAACAGAUGCAUUCUCCAACCUUGAGAGGGUCUCCUUGAAGGUCGCGCUCAUUUGGCCACCCUUCCCCUGCUGUUGCUGACCACUCGCCCAGCUGCCCCCAAUAUUUUCCGGUCAACGUGCUUCUGCUUGCUUGAGCACCCUUCGCGACUGCCGGGACGUCCACAGAGGAAGCAAAGCUCAAGUUCUCCUCCUGGCGCUUUUCCCCAUGCACAACUUUGCCACAGGAGCCGAGAAAACCGCGUGUCAUGGCGCGUACUGUACCCCGAAAUCAACGUUCUUUUUGGCCGUUUUUUUUGCUGACCGAAACGCAUUGCUGGAGAAGGUGGAUGUGCUCAGCUGUACGCAGCAAGCACCCUAAAAGUCGAAACCAGUACAGGCCGCACUGAUUUGGGCUGGUUGGGUGGGCUGCACCCCGACACUCCUCAUGUACCAGCUCUCCUGUGAGGCAGCUUUUGUUAUUCGCCCACAGCGCAAAGAAUGGUACAAAACUUGCACCAUCCGCUGCUGUGGGAGUAGAAUGACAGCUCACCGCGGUUAUGUGCUCUUUGGCGUGGACUUGUGGCUUGUUAAAGCUGAUCCUGGGUGCUUCUCUGGCGGGCGAUGCCCAGGGCGAUAGGGCGGGGGGGGUCGGACGAAUCUACGGGAUACUGUCUACGAUGACCCGGCGUAGAGUCGUGCUACGUGAAUCAUCCAUACAUCGCGCCUGUCUCAUUCUAUUUGUGUCGUUUCUUGUACUCUUCCCUACAGCAGUUGAGCUUCUCCCGGGCCAUCCCUUCCGCAACACUCUUGUUGCGCCGGUUGCGGCGACCCUUACUGAAGAAAAAAAGUGCCAAAAAAACGCGGGGGAACUAAGGUUGGUUGCAGAACGCGCCCGCACUUAAGAACCUCUAGUUUCGGCCGCGGCUGACGUUCUUAGUUCCUGGGGGUCAUGCUACGAAUGGUCGCUAUAUAGAUUUUUGUGUACGGAUUCUUAACCGAGCUCACAAAUGGUGCUCAAGUUCUUAUAUUGUACUUUAUUAGGUUCAAUAUCUAAGGCCGCGGGCGCGUUCUGUUACACUCGAGUUCUUGCCAGAACUUCUCGCGUUGGUCCGAAGGGGGGCCGUGGAUACAUGUUUCACGAAAAGGUUGUCUGGGCGACUGACUGUAUGUAGUAUAAUACACAAUCCGAACACUCAGCUGGACCAUCCACAAGGAGAUACUUUAAACUCGAUUCAUGGAGUGGGAGGGAGAUUUUUCGGGCCUUUCGCGCUUCAUGCCUGCCUUAAAACUCAAAAGUAGAUACUUACAGGAUAAAUACACAGGACUGCUGUUGGUCGGUACCAGUACCUUGUAGGAUAGCUGGUGUUGGGCAAGUGGCAUACCGUUGUGAUCCAGCAAUAUUUAUGCCGAAAACAAGCAGCAAGCGAAAAUCAGAGUGCCUUUUUGUAUGGUGGAAUGCAGACGCUUACAUAGCAGAUGAACGGCGGACAAGGCGCUCUCGUCUCUGCCAAGAGCACCCCCAACAUACGACAUACAGUAGACUCGGUAGGGCUUGACGUCCUUGCUGUACCCCAGCAUGAUGCCGUCCCAUGCCCUCUGUCCUAGUUUGUUUCGUGUCUCUCGUUGUGGACGAAUGCCCUAGCUCAUAUUCCUCAAGCCUGAAAGAUCUGGUUCUUCCGAAAGGGCUUGGGGUACGGAGAACUUCCGACAAGUGCACGAUGAGGAGAGCGAUUAUGAAGGAAAGCCGACGUUUCGUAUAUUUCUCCCCGGAAUCACUUCGAAAGUCCAGUGUCGAUGAGAUGCACCUUAUCAUGUUCAUGAUGGUCUGUCCGUCACGUUCUAACACGCCAUUCUGCAAAGGAGUGUUUUUAUUCCGCCCUGGCAAUUGAUUAAUGUGGACCAUCGAAAGCUCGAAGUGGAAGUGUCGGGUCGCUCGGAUCCCACGACCAACUUUAGCGUUUAUACAAGAAGCCGUAAAUCAAAACCAGCAGACUAGUCAACUGCUGACUAUGCUGACUAGUCUACUGCUUCAUGGAGUCAGUGCUGACUAGUCUAAAUUAAAUCAGUG